UUUGUAAAUUCACUGUAUAUGUAUGACGGCGGAUUGGUUUUGUGAAUUCGUCUGCUGAAAAUAAAAUGAAUAGUAGUUAGGUAGAUGGUGAUACUGAAGAGUAGUGCAGUAAUUUUUAAGCAGGGCACAUUGACAGAUACAUUCCGCAUUCAAAUCUAAUCAUGGAGUUGUAUUACUAUUUCUGUUUACUUUUUUUACCGCUUUUGUGUGUACAAACUUUCGAGUUACCAGAAGGAUUUACCAAAACAGAUCACUCUAAUAAUUGGGCAGUUUUAGUGGAUACAUCGAGAUUCUGGUUUAAUUAUCGCCAUGUAGCCAAUGUUUUAUCUAUUUAUCGCAGUGUCAAACGUCUUGGUAUUCCUGAUUCUCAGAUUAUACUAAUGAUUGCUGAUGAUAUGGCAUGCAAUCCAAGAAAUCCCCGACCGGCUACAGUGUUCAACAAUAUUAAACAGCAUAUAAAUGUGUAUGGGGAUGAUGUUGAAGUUGAUUAUAGGGGAUAUGAAGUUACAGUAGAAAAUUUCGUAAGACUAUUGACAGGUAGAUUGCAGGCUGAAACACCCAGAUCAAAACGAUUACUAACAGAUGAAGGAUCUAAUAUUCUCAUUUACUUGACUGGGCAUGGUGGAAAUGGUUUUCUGAAAUUUCAAGAUUCUGAAGAAAUUACGAGUCAAGAACUUAGUGAUGCUUUAGAACAGAUGUGGCAAAAAAGAAGAUACCAUGAAAUAUUAUUCAUUGUUGAUACAUGCCAAGCAAGUUCAAUGUAUGAAAAGUUUUAUUCACCAAAUAUAUUAGCUGUAGCUUCAAGUUUAGUCGGAGAAGAUUCUUUAUCCCAUCAUGUGGAUCCGGCAAUCGGAGUGUAUAUUAUUGAUCGUUACACUUAUUACGCUCUUGAGUUUCUUGAAACUGUUGAAUCUUCCAGUAAAAAAAAUCUAAGUGAAUUUUUAAAAGUAUGCCCCAAGCAUUACUGCCUGUCUACUGUAGGAGUUAGAGAUGACUUAUUUAAGAGGAAUUUGUAUGAAGUACCAGUUACCAAUUUCUUUGGAGCUUUGAGACCGAUCCAAUUAACUAAUAAUAUCUUUAAAAUUGUUGAACCUAUAAAUAGUAUUGGUAGCAUUAGUUCUGAUGCUAAAACAUCAAUUAAAUAUAAGUAUUUUCCUGAAUUCCCCACAAUAGUUUCAUAAUGUC